AUGAUGCCUACUGCCCUGCCGCCCGUGGCGACGCCGCGUCUGGACGAGACCUCCGCCGUCUCAGCGGCGACACUCAACCAUGUUCCACUAACCACUUCUAAUACCAAUCCCUCCGCCUUGAACAUCGCUUCCAUCCUCUCAUCUACAACAUCUUCGUCGCCUCAGAAUCAUGUCGCUCCUCCUGUUUUGCCACCAGCCAAUACUCCAUCGGGAACAAUCGUCAUCGUAUUUUGCGCCGGUCAAGAUCACAUUGUGCACAUGGUCGCAGAAGUACUCGGCAAACCAUGGACCACCGAAACCGCUCUUUCGACAUUGACAAAAGCCAGCGAGGCAGUCGUGGCCGGGGUUCUGUCAACAGACUUGCCGCGGAGUUUAGAAGGAACCGACAGGUCGGCUUUGAUCUUGAUCAACACCCAUUGCGUGGAAGAUGGGUCUGCACCCGAUGACACUCUCACCGAAUCCUGCGACUACGAGUUUCUGUACUCUCGCAGUCCGUUCUUACGGCGCGAUCUCACCAGGUUCCUGUCUCUCAUCCUCGGCCAGACGAGACCGCAUGAGGAUCUGCGCACGAAGAAUAGGACGAAUUUCAUUUCUACCACAUUCCCCGAUGUUCACGCUGCCCUGCCAAACUUGGAUAUCUUAUCGGUGGGCUCCGAUGCGGUUGAAAUCCGUGUGGAUUUACUCGUUGACCCUGCGACGGAUGGGGCGCCGGCUGGUUCGGUGCCUAGUUUGAAGUAUGUGGGUCAGCAAUUGAUGCUUUUGAGACAGCAUACUGAGCUACCCAUUAUUUUCACGACGAGGUGCACGAAAGAGAAUGGCAAGUUUCCAAUGGAGGAUCCGAAUUUGUUCUAUAAAUACUUGCGACGGGCUAUCCAGUGGGGUGUUGAGUACAUUGAUGUGGAGCUGUGGCUUCCGGAAGAUAUCAGGCGGCGUUUGGCGGAAGUCAAAGGACAUAGCAUCAUCAUGUCGGCGUUCCAUGAUUUCUCAGGGACGUGGAAAUGGACUUCGCCGGACGCGCAGCGCAUCUUUGAUGAGAGCGCCAAGUACGCGGAUAUCGUGAAGAUGAUCGCUAUGGUCUCAACGAUCGAGGAGAACUAUGAGCUGGAGUAUUUCCGCAUGACGAUCAAGAGUCGCGGUCCUGGUCCUUUGCUCUCGGCUGUCAACAUGGGCCAGAUGGGCCAGCUCUCGCGUGCCCUGAAUACCGUCUUCUCUCCCAUCACCCACCCUCUCUUGCCCAUGAUUGCCGCUCCCGGUCAAUUGACUGCCGCAGAAAUCAACGAAGCAUUGCAUAUCAUGGGCCAGCUUCCAAAGCGCGAUUUGCACGCUAUCGGUUCAUUCAGAUCGACGCCUCAUUCCAUGUUCAUGGAGAAGUGCCUCAAUGAGCUGGGUUUGCCACAUACCUUCACGUCCAUCGACCGUGGGCCGAAAGGAUCAAUGGAAUCGGUCUUGAUGCAACCACAAUUCGGCGGUGCUUCAGUCAAUCCCCCGAUUUCAAGUUCCACUUCAUACAUCCCCUCUAUCAGCGAUGCGGCACGCGCCAUCGGCCUCGUGGACACCAUCGCCAGGGCCCCCGGAGACGGAACCACAGGCGCGCGCUUCAUCGGCGAAAACGCCGCAUGGAAAGGCAUCCGCGCGACUUUGACACGAGAGUACGUGCCAUCAGCGUACCACGGCCGAGCCGCGAUUAUCCUAGCCGGAUCAGAAAACGAUGCAUCGGCCGCGGUUUUCGCCCUACGCAGUCUCGGCGUCGGUGCAAUCUACACAGUCGGCUUCAAAGCAAGUGGUCCCCUCGCGGCCGGUCUGGAACCAUUUACGUCGAUUCAAUCCGUCAAGCUAGUCGAGCAGCCUUUCGUCAUCGUCUCGGCCCUUCCUCCCGAGAAAUCCCUUCUUGUUCAACCUCUUCUUAGACACUACCGUGCUAAUGGCCGUCCGUCACCUCCCUCGACUCGAGGUAAAGUCUACCUUGAUCUCACCAGCGGUCCUCGAAAGGGGGACCCGCUAGGCGUAGCUACCAGUGCUGGUUGGACGGCGUAUGGAUUCGAGGAUGUCAGCGCUUGGACGACGGUGGAAACGCUCAGGUUACUGGUUGGUCAGAACGUGCCAUUUGAUUUCGUGCGCAUGGCAUCCGGGCGGCCCUUGUUUUAG